CCUCAUAUAAAAACAUAGGUUUGAAAAAUUCUAAUCACUUCGUAGUCGAAUACCGUCCUGUACACUUCAACAUCGCUGAGUUUAAAGUUCUUUAACUAGAAAUUACGGAAUGUAUUCGACAAUGAAUCCGGCGAGUUAUUGCAAGGCUUUGGGUCCCCCACCCGAGUAUUCACUCUAUGCGCAGCAGUUGCCAAACGUCAUCGGGAUUAGUAUGAUGGAAAUGAAUGAUAUUCAAAAUGACUUGGCUUCAACAAAAAAAAAAACCAAAAGGACGAGGACGGCGUUUAGCGGUUUGCAAAUAAAAGAAAUGGAGCUCGAGUUUUCUAAAAAUCAAUACUUGUCCCGAUCAAGAAGAGUUGACAUCGCUCUGAAACUGAAAUUAGAAGAACGGCAAGUGAAAGUUUGGUUUCAAAACCGUCGAAUGAAAACCAAAAAGAUCGAUGGAGGUGAAGUUAAAAAGGUGCCGGUGAAACGACCCGAUUCACGAGCUAGCUCCAACGAUACGCAUAAUUCACAUUCACCUGGGCCAUCAAAUAAGAAAGAUGACGGUGAUGAUCACCAGCAAAUUGUUAACCGUUUGUUGAUGUUAGCGCAGGAAUUACCGCUCCGGAAUCAACACCAGAUGAGAAAUAUACAGAUGGGGAGUGCAAUGCACCAACCAAUGCAAACGCAGUUUUCAACAAAUUGUUUGCAAUCGAACUUGCAACUGCAACCUUCUACAGCUUGUUGUGAACAACUGAUGCAGCCGUCGAUAGCUCGAUUGCAAUCGGCAAUGCAGAUGGAACAAGAGAUGCUAAUCAAGCAAGAAGUAGCAGUACAAACAACCGCCAUACAUCCAGCGAUGUCCAAUAUUCGGCCAGCCAAUAACUCAAUAGUUCCACCGUACAACAGCAUGGCCAUAAAUUACCCGCAGCCCCAACCCCAACAGCAAUGGAAUUUCCCCGCACAGCAAUUCGACAUCCUGAGCCAAAUGGACCAAACAGAUGACGAAGUUUACCUCAACAACAACAGUGUUCCACCAACUACCUCCAAAGAUGAAUUUGAUAGUACUGGUUACAUCCCCAACGGUGGCUUCUUUCCGACAAUGGGGAAUUUCCGAUAUUGUAGCCCGUUCUGGGAUUGAAACUACUGAUUUAGUGUAAUUUAGUCAUUUAUGUUUCCAAGUAAGAAAUAUUUAUUAAUAUUAAAGCAAUAGAGAUUGUAAGUUUUCCCCCUGCUAUGUACUAAAAUGUAAAGAAUCAGAGCAUGUACUCCUGUAUAAUGGUCGGUCAUAAUUGUGGUCUUCCAAAUAUAUCUAACCACCUAGCGUGUAGUUAAAAAAUCCUGGAAAUGAUUAGUGAUCGAGCAUCCUACGUUCCGCAACCACUACGUGAUUUCCAAUUAUCUAACCAACCUUAUUUUAAUUUACAUUUAACUAUAUAUUAUCUACUUAGUACCAUUUAAUUGAUUGAUUCACCAUUCUCUAAUAAAUAUAAGUUUAGGCCUAAAA